CGCAACCGGAAGCACAUGCUCGUGCUCUUCCACUGUUGUCAUCUGUGUCAUGCCGCGGAAAAAGCCGUUUUGUCUUUGUUUUCUGUAAAAGUUAACGACGGGGGAAGAAAAGGAAAAAAUGGCAUCCACAGUGGCGAUCCUCGCCGCCCACGCGGAACGCGAGGCCGACCGCUGCGCGAGCGAGGAGGAGGAGAACCGUGGGGCCGAGGCGCCGUCGGAGGAGGAGGGCUUUCAACAGCAGGCCACGGGCCCCGCGGCAGCCGUAGGCCACAACCGGCUGUCCAAGCUGCCGCUCACCCGCAUCAAGGCCUUGAUGAAGACCGACCCAGACGUCUCCCUCGCCAGUCAGGAGUCUGUCUUCAUCAUCGCCAAAGCCACGGAGUUGUUUGUCGAGAUGAUCGCCAAAGACGCCUUGGUAUAUGUGCAGCAAGGCAAGAGAAAAACAUUGCAAAGAAAAGACCUGGACAACGCAAUUGAGGCCAUAGAUGAAUUUGCAUUUCUGGAAGGUGAGCUUCUUUAUUAAUUUCUUUCUUUCUGGGCACCAUACACAUAUCCUUUGAUAAUUUCAAGUGGAACACACCACAGCACCACUCCUCCAGACAGCAAUAUUCUUUUAAUAUAAAAAAUGGGAUUUCAGUCUAAAAAUCCUUUUUUUAAAAAAAAAAUAUAUAUAUAUUAUUGAUUUAGUUUUUCUCAUGGUAAAUUACAGAUGUGUAGUCAAAUGUCCAUCCCUACACAUCAUUUUUGAAAGUGAGUAAUAUGGCUGAUCUCUAAUUGAGUUGUUAAUUAUUGUGUUUUUUUAUUUUCU